AUGGUGCAAUUAUCAUUCCUACUGUCGAUGCUGGCUGGCACAGCACUCGCCGUGAUCGAUUUUGGAAGACAUGUUGGAGAGUUCAGCAAAGAGCAAUAUGUCUCUGGCGAAGUUCACAUGAGUUUGAAGCAGAGGAAGCAGUCCRCAUGGAAAGCAGCCGAGGAAGCUGGGGUCUUUGCUUCCGCGCAAUAUCCAGAGUUGUCCUACACGAAAUGUGUCAACGGCAAAGCUGUUGCGAGCCCAGGAGGCGCGGCCAACACCUUCCGCUGUCAAAACAUGGACUUGUACCAUUUCCUCAGCCACGACACUCUAGGUGAUACUCGUGGUGAAGGAUCCUCGUCGUGGGGCUGGACCAACACCGACGGACGAGAGUUCGUUGCUAUCGGCCAGUAUACCGGUACCGCAUUUGUGGAGAUCAACUCGCAGGGCAAGAUGUUAUUCUUGGGGAGACUACCUGCAUACUCUGUGGCUUCAGAAUGGCGAGAGAUCCGCGGGUACAAGAACUAUAUGAUUAUAGGUUCCGAGGCCCAGAACCAUGGCAUCCAGAUCUUUGAUAUGAGAAAGCUGCUGACGAUUAACCCGUCUACACCGAGAAGUUUCACGCAACAGGAUCUGACCUCGUGGACCCGAACACUUCUCCCUACAGGUAGAGCGCACAAUGUUGUUGUAAAUGAGGAGAAGCAGUACUUUGCGGCAGUCGGAGCACUUCCGCGUACUGAUGUCUGUAAAUCUGGAUUCAGCUUCUACGAUAUGACAAACCCCGCCAGCCCUCGUUCUCUAGGCUGCGCUGCGGGAGAUGGCUACGUACACGAUGCUGAGUGCUUGGUGUACCGCGGUCCUGAUACUCGCUACACCGGUCGGGACAUCUGCUAUGCUUACAACGAAGACACCAUGACGAUCUACGAUGUGACCAACAAAGCGAAUGUAACAAACAUCAUCGGAAAAGUGACAUAUCCUGGAGCUCGAUACGUUCACCAAGGCUCCGUGCUGGACAGAAGCAACCAGCAGUACAUUGUGCUCGAUGAUGAGCUCGACGAGCUGGAUAAGGCUGGUGUUUCUGCGAACGGCUUCGCAACGACAUACAUCGUCGACAUCAAAGAUCUCCGCAAUCCACGCAUCACUGGUAACUACCAAAUGCGCCACAGAUCGAUCGAUCACAACCAGUAUGUCAUUGAUGGCUAUUCGUAUCAAUCCAGCUACGGUGCCGGCGUGAGAGUCUUUGACGUUCGCUCCAUCCCAAGCGAUCCCACCGGAAAGGGUGUCUGCGAAGCUGGCUUCUUCGACAUCUAUCCCGAGGAUGAUAAUAUGACUGGGGGCGGACAGAUUGAAUUUUUGGGAACGUGGUCCAGCUAUGCGUACUUUAAGUCGGGCUACAUUUUUGUCAACACGAUUGAGCGUGGUGCGUUUGUGGUCAAGAUGACUGGCAAGACUUGUGUGUAG